AUGGCCACCAUGACCAUGACCGCGCCGGUCAAUAAGAAGACGGCGAAGAAGAACAACAAGCUGAUCCCCGAGAAUGAGCGAUAUAUGCGAGCAUGCUCCGACAUUGCGAAUGCGCUCAUUCAAGAAUACGAGUCGCAGAGAGACAUCUCGGCGCCGCGAAAGGACAUCAAUCUCAACAAGCUGCGGGGCAUGAUCGCGAAGAAGCACUCCCUAGCAAGUCAACCGCCACUGACGGCUAUCAUUGCCGCCGUGCCAGAACACUAUAAGAAAUAUAUCCUGCCGAAGCUGAUCGCGAAGCCAAUCCGAACUUCCUCCGGUAUUGCCGUGGUCGCUGUGAUGUGCAAGCCUCACCGAUGCCCCCAUAUCGCAUAUACCGGUAACAUCUGCGUCUACUGCCCCGGUGGCCCCGAUUCCGACUUUGAGUACUCUACACAAUCCUAUACCGGAUACGAGCCGACGUCGAUGCGUGCGAUUCGCGCUCGCUACGAUCCGUUCGAGCAGGCGAGAGGACGAGUGGAUCAGAUCAAGUCUCUGGGCCACAGUGUGGAUAAAGUGGAAUACAUUAUCAUGGGUGGAACGUUCAUGUCAUUGCCGGAGGAUUAUCGCGAUACCUUCAUUUCUCAGCUUCACAACGCUCUGAGCGGUUACCAAACGGACAACGUGGACGAGGCCGUGUUGGCAGGCGAAAUGAGUAACACCAAGUGUGUCGGUAUCACAAUCGAGACCCGUCCAGAUUACUGUUUGGAUACCCAUUUGAGCAGCAUGCUUCGCUACGGCUGCACCCGGCUGGAGAUCGGUGUGCAGAGUCUGUAUGAGGAUGUUGCGCGGGACACGAAUCGUGGCCACACCGUCGCGGCUGUCGCCGAGACUUUUAAGCUCGCCAAGGAUGCCGGUUUCAAGGUUGUCAGCCACAUGAUGCCUGAUUUGCCCAACGUCGGAAUGGAGCGCGACCUGUUCCAGUUCCAGGAAUAUUUCGAGAACCCUGCCUUCCGCACGGACGGCCUCAAGAUCUACCCUACUCUUGUUAUCCGUGGAACCGGUCUCUACGAGCUGUGGCGGACUGGUCGGUACAAGAACUACACUCCCAAUGCUUUGAUUGAUCUCGUUGCUCGUAUUCUUGCAUUGGUCCCUCCAUGGACUCGUAUCUACCGUGUCCAGCGUGAUAUCCCCAUGCCUCUCGUCACUUCCGGUGUCGAGAACGGUAACUUGCGCGAGCUCGCUCUGGCCCGAAUGAAGGACUUCGGAACAACCUGCCGUGACGUCCGUACACGAGAGGUCGGCAUCAACGAGGUUAAGAACAAGAUCCGCCCAUCGCAGGUGGAGCUCAUUCGUCGGGACUAUGCCGCGAACGGUGGCUGGGAGACCUUCCUGGCUUAUGAAGAUCCCAAGCAGGAUAUUCUCAUCGGCCUGCUUCGUCUGCGCAAGUGCAGUGACACUCACACUUUCCGCCCUGAGUUCACUGGUCAGCAGACUAGUAUUGUUCGCGAGUUGCACGUCUAUGGUUCUGCCGUGCCUCUUCACGGACGUGAUGCUCGCAAGUUCCAACACCGUGGUUUCGGAACCUUACUCAUGGAAGAGGCCGAGCGCAUCGCGCGUGAGGAGCACGGAAGCACCAAGAUUAGCGUCAUCUCAGGUGUCGGUGUGCGUAGCUACUACGCGCGUUUGGGAUACACUCUGGAUGGUCCUUACAUGUCCAAGAUGCUGGACCCGUACGAGGACGAAGAAUAA